GCGGGAGCGGGUCCUACAGCCACGCCGGCGGCGCGCGCCGGGGCGGGCGCAGAGCCGGCGGCGCCUCUGGCUCGCGCUUCUCCCUCCGCCAACCGGCGGCUCGCGCGCUCGGGCUCGUCGAUGGGGCUGAGCGGCGGCUGCUGAGGAGGGGACGAGGGGACGGACGGACGGACGGACGGAGGGACGGACGGGCAGCGGGAGCCGGUGCCAGCCGCCAUGCAGCAGGUCCUGGAUAACCUUACUGAUCUGCCGACAUCCACAGGCGCUGAAGAGAUAGACCUGAUUUUUCUUAAAGGAAUUAUGGAAAACCCUAUUGUAAGGUCACUUGCUAAGGCUCAUGAGCGACUGGAAGAUUCUAAACUUGAGGCUGUCAGUGACAACAACCUGGAGCUGGUGAAUGAAAUUCUUGAAGACAUCAGUCCCUUAGUAAAUAAAGAUGAAAAUAUUGCGGAAUUGGUUGGAAUACUCAAGGAGCCUCAUUUUCAGUCACUCUUAGAAGCACAUGAUAUUGUGGCUUCAAAAUGUUACGAUUCCCCUCCUUCUAGCCCAGAAGUCAAUAAUUCUUCAGUGAACAACCAGAUUGUUCCAGUAGAUGCUAUUCGUAUCCUUGGAAUUCACAAAAGAGCAGGAGAACCACUGGGUGUUACGUUUAGAGUUGAGAACAAUGAUCUGGUAAUAGCACGAAUUCUUCACGGUGGAAUGAUAGAUCGACAAGGUCUUCUGCAUGUAGGUGACAUUAUUAAAGAGGUGAAUGGCCAUGAGGUUGGAAACAAUCCAAAAGAAUUGCAGGAACUGCUGAAAAAUAUUAGUGGCAGCGUCACUCUGAAGAUUCUCCCCAGCUACAGAGACACUGUCAUUCCUCAACAGGUUUUUGUGAAGUGUCAUUUUGAUUAUAAUCCAUAUAAUGACAACCUCAUCCCAUGCAAAGAAGCAGGUUUGAAAUUUUCUAAAGGAGAAAUUCUUCAGAUUGUAAACCGGGAAGAUCCAAAUUGGUGGCAGGCUAGUCAUGUCAAAGAAGGAGGAAGUGCAGGGCUUAUUCCCAGCCAGUUCCUGGAAGAGAAGAGAAAGGCCUUUGUGAGGAGGGACUGGGACAAUUCAGGGCCUUUCUGUGGAACAAUAAGCAGCAAAAAAAAGAAAAAGAUGAUGUAUCUCACUACAAGAAAUGCAGAAUUUGAUCGUCAUGAAAUCCAGAUCUAUGAGGAAGUAGCCAAAAUGCCUCCUUUUCAGAGGAAAACAUUGGUCUUAAUUGGGGCCCAAGGAGUGGGGCGAAGAAGUUUGAAGAACAGGUUUAUAGUACUGAAUCCUACUAGGUUUGGAACCACAGUGCCAUUUACCUCACGAAAGCCCAGGGAUGAUGAAAAGGAUGGGCAAGCGUACAGAUUCGUGUCACGAGCUGAAAUGGAGAUGGAUAUUAAAGCUGGCAGAUAUUUAGAGCACGGAGAAUAUGAAGGAAAUCUUUAUGGCACUAAAAUUGAUUCCAUCCUUGAAGUUGUUCAGACAGGAAGGACCUGCAUCUUGGACGUGAAUCCACAGGCCCUGAAGAUACUGAGGACUUCCGAAUUCAUGCCCUAUGUGGUGUUUAUUGCUGCUCCGGAGUUGGAGACUCUGCGUGCUAUGCACAAGGCUGUGGUAGAUGCUGGAAUUACAACCAAACUGCUCACUGACACUGAUUUGAAGAAAACAGUGGAUGAAAGCGCACGGAUCCAGAGAGCGUACAACCACUAUUUUGAUCUGACCAUUGUAAAUGACAACCUAGACAAAGCCUUCGAGAAGCUGCAGACUGCUAUCGAGAGGCUGAGGCUGGAACCGCAGUGGGUCCCCAUUAGUUGGGUGUAUUGAGGUUUCCCAGGAGGAGCUCAAGUAACAAAUAAAUUCAACUGCAGCAAGACGCUGAAGUGACAUUGUGUAGAUACCGGCGAUGACUACGGCACCUGUGCAUUUUUACUCUGUGUAUAUUCCAAAGUACACUGUUCUGAAUUUUUAUAGAAAUGCUGAAGGGAAAGUGUACUUAAAUAUGUAAUUUAUUUUAAUUUUUCUAACUUUUUACAGAUAACCUUUCUAUUCAUAUCACAUGAAGGAAAUGCGUUUAAGCAUUUUUCUAUGUUUUGAUUUAGUACCUUUGCCUUUUUCAUCUAAGAAACUUUCAGUCAUUCACUUCAACAUUUACAUCUUGGUCUUACAUUUUCACUGUGAUUAAAAAAAGGAUACUUGAAAUAAUAUUUUGUAAACCUUGUUAACGUCAGUGUUCAACCAGUCAAAAGUCUAUAGCUCUUAUUAGGAAAGAACUCUAAUUUCUUUGUUUGGGGUUGGUUUUUUUUUCCUUAAAAAAUAGUAACUUCAUGGGAGCAGAAUUUUAAGUAUUAAAAGCAGCAACAAACACACAGCUCCAUUGCUCCAGCUUCUUUCGGCUUAAUGUUGGUGCAUUCUUGAUGUUUCACAAAUUCUUGCUGUCUCUUGAUUUCGACAACUGUCGUGUAGGUUCCCUUACACGUGUCUCUUCAAAUAACGUAAAGCAAUACCGUGCAAGCUGCUUAUGAGGCUGUUCUGGAGAGCCAGCCUGUUAGCCUGUUAUGGCUGAAGGACUGACGUUAAAAGCUGGUACACAGGGUAACGCCGUGCAAUUGGAAUAAUGGGGAAGUAGCCUGAGAGGGAAUUCGAUAACGUGGAGCCUUGUAGAGUGAAGCUUAACGUUUAGGAGUAUUUAUUCACGUUGUGAAAACACAUUGCUUAAAAAGGAAGAAAAAAAAAGG